AUGAUUCUAGGUAAUUUUCCCUCAUUAAAGGGCCAAUUUUGCAUUUUAACUCCUUUUGCAUUGCAGCACAAUGGAUUCGAUGUCCCACAAGGUCUCAACGAAUUGGAAAAGGAUAUUGAUCAUUACUCUGCUGUGGAACUUAUCAGUGAACUCCUUGGAAAACGAGCGUAA